UGAUUGUUGAAAUGGAACAGAAGGUUCAGCUGGUAGCAGAACAGAGAUCUAUACUGAGGCUUGGAAAGGCUUAUUUUCAUGCCCAGUAGCAAUUUUUUUUUUUUUUAAGGAAAAUUUAAAACUUAUGAGGGUUGUUUAAAGCCAGCUAGUAGGAAACACUGGGGCUAAAGUAUUUGGAUGGGAUUCAGGCUGCCUGACUAUGGCCCUACAGUCUCAACUGUGUCACUGUUCAGGGAGAAGAUAGUGAGACUUGACAGGUAUCUGAUCAGUGCCUAUAUCACUCUCUGGAGUGUUCCAGAAGUCAUAUGACUUUCCACCAGCAUAAAAACAAGCCUGAGAGGCCAUGAGGGUACAGCAAGAAGGGGCAAAGGUUGGUGACUAGCUCGGCAAGCAGCAGGAAAAGUAGGGGAUGGUGGCAGGAAGACCUGAAGAGAUAGUUGGAGGAUUUGGAAAGGUCAGACGAUUAAAAGAAGAGAAUGGAUUGGGGAGCUCUGCAUACCAUUUUAGGAGGCGUAAAUAAGCACUCCACCAGCAUCGGGAAGAUAUGGCUCACAGUCCUGUUCAUCUUCCGUAUCAUGAUCCUGGUUGUGGCUGCAGAGAGAGUCUGGGGAGAUGAACAAGAUGACUUUAUCUGCAACACUCUGCAACCUGGUUGCAAGAAUGUUUGCUAUGAUCACUUUUUCCCCAUCUCUCACAUCAGACUCUGGGCCCUGCAGCUGAUCUUUGUUUCCACACCUGCGUUGUUGGUGGCAAUGCAUGUAGCUUACAGGAGGCAUGAGAAGAAGAGGCAGUUCAGAAAGGGAGACCAGAAAUGUGAAUACAAGGACAUUGAAGAAAUCAGAAAACAGAGGUUUCGUAUUGAGGGCUCCUUGUGGUGGACGUACACUAGCAGCAUCUUCUGCAGACUGGUCUUUGAAGCAGUCUUCAUGUAUGCGUUUUAUUUCAUGUACGAUGGGUUCCGAAUGCCUCGCUUAAUGAAGUGUAAUGCUUGGCCCUGCCCCAACACAGUAGACUGCUUUGUUUCUCGACCCACUGAAAAGACAGUGUUUACUAUUUUCAUGAUUGCUGUGUCCAGCAUUUGCAUUCUUUUAAAUGUGGCCGAGUUAUGUUACUUACUGACAAAAUUUUUUCUCAGAAGGUCUAGAAAAGCUGGAAAUGCAAAACAUCACCCCAACCAUGAGAAUAAGGAAGAAACCAAACAAAAUGAAAUGAAUGAGUUGAUAUCUGAUAGCUGUCAGAACACAGUUAUAGGAUUUUCAAGUAGCUAAGGUGGUGUCAAUGCUGGUGUUCACUCUUUUUGGAGUGAAUGUUCUUUGUUUAAAGGCUGCAAAUUAAAUUUGUUAUAUGGAACAAUUUAAGUUGGGUGAGACUUCAAUAUGUAGUGUCAGGUGGCAAUUAUGCACAUGUCUGAAAAAAGUCAGGGCAGCCUAAACAUGUGAAAAUUGUGUGAGUAUUAAAUGGGAAAGUGUAUCUUCUUAUGAGUACCCUUACAAGCUGACUAUGACAAGUGGGAAACCCACUAAUACCUUCAUGCUGACACAGCUCCUGAAAACUACAUGCAACAGCAAUAAGAACAAAAUUCUUUCUAAGCUAGAUAUUCUAGUAUUACAAGAUGUUUUGUAAUAGUGAUAGUUUUUACUUGUGAACUGCCAAAAUAUUUUUCUAAAAUCUAAGAUUCCAUGUUACUUAAGGUGUUAUAGUACACUACUGACUGUGUUUUGUUUCUUAACCAGGCAUAUGCAGAUGAACCCUGUAAUGCCAUGUUCAUAGGGAGGGCACAACGCUAGGCUACAUAUUUACAGCUUUGCAAGCACUGCUUGAGUCUGGACAGGUAGCUUGAGACACUUGCGUACACACUGCUAGCUGUAGGGGAAGUUGUAUGAAAGCCCAUCACAUGUAGUGUGGAUAAUUGAGGUAGCUAGGUCCCGAGUGCAAAGUCAUGCACUAAAACCAGCAUGACAGUAUAGAUACAGCCUAAGUAGACUUGCUUUAAACAUCUAGCAGACCUGGUAAUCUUAUCAAUCUUUUAAUUGCAUACUACCAGUUUUAUUGCAACAUACAUAACUUUAUGUAAAUGUUUAUUUCUCUAAUGUGUUAGCUGUAUUUGUUUCUUUAUGCUAUAUCACAUCAUGGAACUUUGGUUUUGAUUUGUUUGCUUUUUGUGUGGUGGACUGAUGGUGCUGUUAUGAAACUAGGGGCUCUUUGGUUUGAAGCACAUGGAAAAGUAUCACUGGAAACAGAACAAGUCUUCUAAAUAAAAGGCAAACGCUUUAACCUUU